AGGGCUAGGCUCCAGGGGGAAGAACGCCGCAUCCCGCACCGGAAGCAGAUCACAAUGGCGAUGCGCGGGGCCUUGCAGUUCUCUCGGCUUCGUAUGAUGAAGAUCGAAGUCCCGGAGUUCUCGAAGAGCCGCUUUGCUCGGCGGUCCAACUUGAUGGACGAGGACCGCGUGAAGUGGUACAAUUGGAACCUGGCCUGCAUUGCGCUCACCACCAUCCCACUGACCUGGAUGUACACGGUGAACUACCGCACCUCGGAGGAGGUCGAGAUGAUCUACCGCACCCUGGACCCCAUGGGCGCCUUGAACAUCAAGUACGACUUGAAGCUUUAUGGCAGCUAAAGUCGCAGGUUUGCACAUCGCUCGCAAGUGAUCGCUGAAGCUGAAGGGGGCUGUGAACUUUGGCCGCAAAGUGGCAAAGACGAAAAACAUGAAGCCUGUCCUCCAU